CUUAUUCAUCCUCUGCAACCUCGCCUAUUUCACACCUGCAAUUUUUCAAUUCAACCAUGUCCAAAAAGAGGGUCCAAUGCAAGUUCUUUGCUCAUGGGGCAUGUCUAAAAGGGGAUCACUGUGAAUUUUUGCAUGACUGGAAUGCCCCACAGAAUAAUAUAUGUACUUUCUACCAAAAAGGAGCUUGUGCUUAUGGGAGCCGGUGUAGAUACGAACAUGUGAAAGUUUCUCGCCCUUUAUCAUCAGCUUCAUCUUCAUCUUCAUCUUCAUCAGCAAAUCCUUCUCAAUACUUACAAUCAAAAUCCAUUUUGGCUGCUCAUCCUUCUGGAGCUCCUUCAGUUGUUAUUGGUCAUGCUUCAGGUGCUACUGCUGACAGUUCCUUGGCAAGCAGAUCAAUGUUGCCUACAACUAAACCAGCCGGGGGAGAAAUGGUUAGGCAUGAGGAUGUAUCAGAAUUUAGUGACUUUGGAGAGACAAAGAGUCGAAAUCCAGCUGAUCAACCAAUCUGUUCUUUUGCUGCUGCUGGCCAUUGUCCUCGUGGUGAAAUGUGCCCCCAUAUUCAUGGAGACCUAUGUCCAACUUGUGAGAAACAUUGUUUACAUCCCUUUAGGCCUGAGGAGAGGGAAGACCAUGUUAAAUUAUGUGAGAGAAGGCAAAAGAACCUGGAUGCAUUAAAGCAUAGUCAAGAAAUAGAGUGUAGUGUCUGCCUUGAACGUGUACUAUCGAAGCCCACAGCAGCUGAACGGAAGUUUGGAAUACUUUCGGAGUGUGAUCAUCCAUUCUGUAUAUCUUGUAUUAGGAACUGGCGCAGUAGUUCUCCAGCAUCUGGAAUGGAUGUGAAUUCUGCACUUAGGGCCUGCCCUAUAUGCAGAAAGCUCUCUUACUUUGUCAUCCCUAGUGUUAUUUGGUAUUCUACCAAGGAAGAAAAGCAAGAGAUCGUUGACAGCUAUAAAGGAAAACUCAGGUCUAUUGACUGUAAGCACUUUGAUUUUGGAAAUGGAACUUGCCCAUUCGGGACUAGUUGUUUCUACAAGCAUACUGUCAAGCCAGGCUCAUAUCUAUGGAAUUCUACUCUGAUGCCUGAUCUAUACCGCACAAGGUUUAUGGAUUCAGAUGAAGAAGAAUGUCUCUCUGAAACUGUGAAUAAAAAUGCUUUGCUGUAUCUGUUUGAGCACUUUUACAGUCCUCAUAUUUCAGCCGGAGUAGAAGAGGAUUUUAGCUCUGAAGAUUCAGAAAAUGAAAUGGCUGAAGAACUGGCGUUUAUGAUGAUGUUGGGGCUUUAGAUUCAAGUGACUGGUCAAGUGAUUAGGAUAUCAACCAGUGAACUGAUUAAUUACUGAUGGGUUUUAUGUGUCCCUGGACAUUUAGUUGCCCUAGUUAUUCAGUUAGGCUCCAUUGUUGGAUUUUCCAACAGCUGACUUUUGUUUUUGGUGUAUUCUGGCUUUCCAGUACUCCUGAUGACAAGUGUUGCACUUGGAAGGGCUUGAGCAUCCUUUUUUUGUGUCUGUGGUGUAAAUGGGCAAAUCAUUUAUUGACGGCUAACUUGGAACUAAUGUGUAGUAUUUGUCUUGGUGUAACUUUUGGUACUGGUCCCUUUUGUUUUUUCUUUUGGUUCUGCAUUUGGGUUUUUAAUUCUACUUUUCGUUCGAGUGUCUUGGUA